AGGCCAGUGGGACGCCUUGCUCUUGAAUACCGAAAUAGAGGGCAUGGGACUUGCUAGGAAAUUACGUUCCGACUCUUAUGGCGGAGCUCUGGAUGGCUGCGAUGCUAAGGAGCUGCUAGGAAGUUGACGCGACAGGAAUGGGCUUGCACGUGAUAUUGCCGGUCUAUCGCCUGGCACUGGCAGCAGCUUGAGUGUGGGGUAUAAUAGGCUCUUUGAGUGCUGACAACUUUCUGGGGAACCGCUUGCUCUCGUGCAUUCCACUCCAUACCUAGCCGUCGAGGCCUGAGGCCUUGAGCACAACUAUGACUACAAUUGCGUCCCAAGUCGUUCUACAUCCCGUGGUCUCGCAGUCGCUAAAGCUUCUUGGCACUACUCUCGGACGCGACAAACUUUACAGAUCCGUGCAAUACUUUGCACGUUUCCUUGCGUGGUUCCUGCUCACCCGUGGAUACAAGAUCCAGGCUGCGCGAUGGAAUGCCCUCAAGUCGCAACUCGCAUUGGGGAGAAAGCUGAUGCGACUCGGAAAACCGCUUGAGCAUCUUCAAGCUGCUUUGCGCGCGAUACAGACUCGGGCCGAUGCUGGAGAGCAGAUUACUGCCAUUGGUCGACAACUUGCGUACUUCGGCUACCUGACUUAUGACGGCAUCGUUUGGGCGAACGCUGUUAAAUUCUUCAACCUCUCUCCUUCCACCACCCAGAAGGUCAACAAGAUGGCCAACCGUUUCUGGUUGGCCGGUAUCUUGUUCAGUAUCACUCAUGGUCUCCUCAAGGCCGGAAGACUUGCUAACGAGGCGAAGAAGUUGUCCGGGUCGCAAAUAUGGGAGAAGAGUUUGGAGGUCGAUCGGGAUGCGCAAUUGCAAGCUUUGGCAGCUCAGCGAGCAAGCACAAGACACCAGUUUAUUAUCGACAUCCUCGAUGUCUGGAUCCCGGCGACGAACGUUGGACUCGUCCACUUCAACGAUGGCAUCCUUGGCAUCUUCGGUCUCAUUACGUCCCUGCUGGCACUGCGUCAGCAAUGGUUCAAGGUCACCGGAGCGAAGAAAUAGUUGGCGUAUUGUCACAUGUCUAUUUUAUCACUAUUAUACUUGCCAUGUCCAAUUUACUUCAAUACAGUAUGCUUCAGGUUUGCAUG